AUGAAGAGCUCAGGUUAGGGAUGUCCUCUUGCAACAAUUCCAUUUCUCAGCCUUCGAUAUUUACUGUGGCUGGAAUUCCUGGCCUUGAAUCUUUACAUGGCUGGUUCUCUGUGCCUUUUUUCUUGGUAUUUCUCAUUACAGUCAUUGGCAAUAUCACCAUCUUAUGUAUCAUCCGGAUAGAGAAGAGUCUUCAUGAGCCUAUGUUUCUCCUCCUGGCCAUGCUGUCAAUUGUUGACCUGUGUCUUGUCAGUGUCACAGUGCCCCGUAUACUGGCUAUCUUCUGGAUGAAUGCCAAGGAAAUCAGUUUCAAAGCCUGCCUCACACAGAUGUUUUUCAUUCCUUCAUUUUAUGUUAUGGAAUCUGGGAUUCUCCUAGCCAUGGCUUUUGACAGAUUUGUGGCUAUCUGGUACCCUCUAAGAUAUACAACCAUCCUUGCUAACAACAUGCUUGUGAAGAUGGCACUGGCUAUCCUGGCAAGAGCAGUGGCAGUGCUGACCCCAGCCCCAAUUCUGACAAAAAGAUUGCAAAGCUUCCAAACCCCCAUAAUUGCUUACUCCUACUGUGCAUACAUGGCUGUGGUGCUGAUAGCCUGUGAAGACAUCUUUGACCACAUUGUCUAUGGACUCAUGGUUAUUGUAGCAUCUGUGGGAUUUGAUCUGUUUUUUAUCAUUCUGUCAUAUGGACUUAUCCUUCAUGCUGUCUUUCAGAUACCAUCUUGGGAUGCACGGGGCAAAGCUCUCAGCACAUGUGGCUCUCAUCUUUGUGUCAUUGGUCUCUUUUAUUCUCCUGUUGUCUUCUCUGUUCUGGCCCAGAUUUUAGGCUACCAUAUGGCUCCCUAUAUGCAGAUCAUCAUUGACAAUCUCUACUUCCUUAUUCCUCCCAUGGUUAACCCCUUAAUUUAUGGGGCCAGGACCAAACAAAUGCGGGAGUGGGUACUGCAGAUAUUUCACUGUUAUAGAGACUAAAGUUUAUAGCAUUGGUGGACAGGAUACCUGGAGAUGUUAAGCUGGAAGUUAGGUUGGAGGUAGAGAUAAUUCCUGCCAGGUUUGUGGGUUCAUAGGAAAGGAAUAACUAAAGCAGGGAAAGACUUAGUCAGCGUGAUUAUAUAGUUGGGACAUGGUCUUUCAAUCAGGAUGCAGUUAUAAAACCUUCAUAGCCAGAACUCUACCCAGACACUUAUGCAAGUAAUAAAAUAGGAGAAUAUUUUACUGAUACUUACCUAAUUACAACGCAUCAAAAACAGAUUUUCAAAUGAGGUUAAAAUGCAAUUUAGGCACAUACUCUCAUGAUGUAUGGGUAAAAAUAAUUAUACCAAGAUUUGUACUUCUUUAUUUUUUUCUCUUCUGUAUUUAGGUUUUAGCUAUUUUGCCAACACAAAAUAACAAAUGAUGAAAAAUUAUCCUAACUGAAAUAAAUAAAUAUAAAUAUCCAUGAAUAUAUAAAUAAAUAAUGAGCUUCUUUUCUCUGUCUAAAGGAUUUUCAAAAGAAAAAAGCUCAUCUUAGUAAUAUACAAUAGAUUGGACCUGUGAGGUAGGCAUUUUAUAAAUUAAAAGAAAUUUUAAAAAGCUAUUUUUUAAGCUUUUAUUUCAGGGGUGUAUGUGAUGGUUUGUUACAUAGGAAAACACAUGCCAUGGGAGUUUGUUGUACAGAUUAUUUCAUUACCCAGGUACUAGGGUCAGUAUCCAAUAGCUAUCUUAUCUGCUUCUCUCCCUCCUUCCAUGACCCACCCUCAAGUAGACCCCAGUGUUUGUUGUUUCCUUCUCUGUAUUUACAAGCCCUUAUCAUUUAGCUCCCACUUAGAAUUGAGGGCAUGUGGUAUUUAGUUUUCUGUUCCUGCAUUUGUUUGCUAGGGAUAACAGCCUCCAGUUCCAUCCGUGUUUCCACAAAAGACAUGAUAUCAUUCUGUUUUGUGGCUGCACAGGAUUCCAUGGUAUACUUGUGCCACAUUUUCUUUAACCAACCUACCAUUAAUGAGCAGUUAGGAUUAUUCCAUGUCUUUACUAUUGUAAAUAGUGCUACAGUGAACAUUCACGUACAUGUGUCUUUAUGGUAGCAUGAUUUAUAUUACUUUUGGUAUAUACCCAGUAAGAGGGUUACUGGGUUGAAUGGUAACUCUGCUUUAAGCUCUUUGAGGGAUUGCCAUACUGCUUUCUACAAUCGUCGAACUACCUUACACUCCCACCAACAGCAUGUAAGUGUUCCCUUUUCUCCAGAACCUUUCCAGCAUUUGUUAUUUUUUAACUUUUUAAUAUAGCCAUUCUGACUGGUGUAAGAUGGAAUCUCAUUGUGGUUUUGAUUUUUAUUUGCCUGAUGAUCAGUAAUAUUGAGCCUUUUUCUAAGUUCUUAUGGCUACAUAUAUGUCUUCUUUUGGAUUGUGUCUGUUCAUGCCCUUUUCUGCCUUUUCAAUCAGGUUGUCUGUUUUUUUCUUGUGAAUUUAAGUUCUUUGUAGAUAUUGGAUAUUAGACCUUUGUCAGAUGCAUGGUUUGCAAAUAUUUUCUCCCAUUCUAUAGGUUGUCUGUUUACUCUGUUGAUAGUUUAUUUUGCUGUGCAGGAGCUCUUGAGUUUAAAUAGAUCCAACUUUUCAAUUUUUGUUUUGUUGUGAUUGAUUUGGGUGUCUUUUUCAUAAAAUAUUUGCCCAUUUCUAUGCCCAGCACAGUAUUGCCUAGGUUGUCUUUAAGGGUUUUUAUUAAAUACCAACUUCUAAAACAAAAGACAGAUAUAUGUAAAUCAUACCCAUCUUAUUAAUAAACCUACACACAGAUAUUUAUUUAUAUAAACAUAUACAAAUAGACACAUUUCUUUCAAAUACAUACUUCCAAUUAUUUUGUUUAUAAAUAGCUAGUUUGUUCUACCUCUCUGCCUAUCUCUCCCACUUUCUUAUGCUAUCAUAUUUAAAGUUAUGGCAUUCAUACACCUUACCUGAGAUAUGCAUACAUUCACAAGAAUGUGUAUGUGUACAUAUACUAGAUGCACACAUUCAAUUUUAUAAUAGAUAUGCAAAACCACUAUUAGUCUUAUCACAGUUUGUCUGCCAGUUUUGAGAGACAUAUAUUUGCUCAAAUGAAUUAACGAUCCAUCUCAGACUGCUGCUUCCACAUUCUCUUAUUCAGCUUUUGGAACUCAUCUUAUGCAGUACUUCCUUCUGUCAGCCUUCCUUGAUCUCACCUCUCCUCUUUUUCUCCACUCUGUAUCAGUUUCCUUUUGAUUGGUCUCCAGUACCACCCAGUCUUUCCAUAGUCAUGAAACAUGUCACACAGUAUGAGAAUUGCCUUUUUAGCAUGAUCAUUUUCUACAUGAAACUGAAUGUUUUAUUUAUUGUUAUUUUUGAAGAAGCUGGAAUUUUCAUUAUACAUAAGUUUAAUAAAUAUUUAUUGAAUAAAUGAGUCCCAUUUCAAAUAGCCUCUCUGAUAAGACAACAAGGAUCAUAAAACAAUGUAUACAUUUCAACAUUCAGCCCCUUCACUAAAAAAAGACAGUAGGAUGAUAAGAAAAGAGACAAAUAAAAUAAAUGGAUAUAGGUAGGGAGAGAAAGAAGGAGAGAGAGUUGGGAGGGAAGGAGGAAAGAAGCAUCUUGUUUCCCAGCUGACAUUCCUCUCCAUUGAGAAUCCUUCUCAGUGAAAUCUCCUCAGUUUCAUUUCUGAAUAUUAUUUAGGAUAGGUUCUUUCACUUUCAGUGGUUCAAUGUAUUAUCUAAAGUAUGAUUCCUCUUCUCCAUUAUUAUGGUGAUCUUUUGCUGAAUCAAAAACAAUCCCAAAUUGUAGAGUUUGGGGUUCACUGGACUCAGAUUACUCUUCUCACUUGAUGUCCCUCAAAUGCUGCAGGACAAAAAGCUGCUGGAGCUUGAGUCUCCUGAGUGUUCAGCAGGAUGGACAACUGGUAUGGCUCCUUCACUGACAAUCCUGGUGCCCUAGUGCUGCUCCCUGUGGGCUCACUCUCUCCAUUAAAUUAGCCAGGUCUUCUUAAAUGGUAUUUCAGGGCUUCAAUGAGUGAAAAACAGAACCCACUGGAUCAGAUACAAUCUACACCCAGAACUUAUUCAUUGCUCAUGGCAGUAAAGGAUCUGCUCAAAUUUCAGAGGUUGGGAAAUAGAUUCAUUUCCUAAUUGUUAUAUUGUAGAAUACCAUAUAACAAUUGAAAGAUACUGUAAUGACCUUCUUGUAAAAUUCAACCUGUCAUAUUUUUCUCUUUGCCUACACCAAUUAACAUUACUUUCGUAUGCAACAUAACUCAUAUCUCCCUCAAAUGUCUAGGUCUCAUUCCAUUAUGGCAUUUGUCUAGAAUUUCAUCAUGUAAAUUAUAGUCAGAUGUAGAUGAGGCUUCAUAGUUGUGGUAGUUCCUGAAAUACGGUUCCUCUUUCUCUGAAUAGCUGUUUAUUUAACAAAUAAGUCAUCUGCCCCCAACACUGUCAACAUACAAUGUCAAUAUAUUGAUGAAGUAAUUAUGAGAACACCUGCAUUUCAAAAGAGGGACAAAGAUGGAAUCUGGUAAUUACUGGUACGUAGCAUACUAAAAUAUCAGAAGGCACAUGUUGCUAGCUUUCUAACUAAGGCCCUCUUCUGCUCCACAAAGAUAAUUCUGUUUUUCUCUGGUUCCUGGCUUUACCCCUUGGGAUCUAGGAUUUGCAGUCUGAUUUAUGACUACUUUUAAAAGAAGUGGCCCAAAUUUUCCACUCACCAUUUAAACCUAUAGGUUGGCCAAACUUCAAGGAUCCUUUACUUUUUCUUUCCUUUCUAAAAAUAAAAAAUAAAUUAAUUAUAUUACAUGGUUUAUUAUUAAACUUACAUAGAUGUUCAGAUAAAUAUGUUAGUUGACCCUAACAUGGAAGAGCAAGUAUCAAAUUCAUAAACCCAUCUUUCACUUUGAGUAGAUAUGUUAUUGUAAAAUAUUUUAUUCUAGGUAUUAUGAAUAAAAAGUCAUAUACUUGCCAUUUACAGUGGCAAAAGACCUUUAUUAAACAUAUAAUUAGACUUUGGAAAUGGAAGUGUAAACAGAAUGAAGAAUGAGGUAUAGAAUUACUAAUUUUUGCUGCAUUUAAGAAUAUAAAAUAAAAUUUAUUCUGUACCAAUGCAAAAGCAAAUGAUAUUUUUAGCCAUGUUAUGGAGGUAUUAUUGACAUACAAAAAGCUGUACAUAUUUAGUGUAUUCAACAUGAUUAAUUUGGAGAUAAGUAUAUCUCCAUGAAAAUACCCCAAAUCUGUACCAUAAGAAUAUCUAUCAUCUCCAAAAAUUUCUUCCCACCUGUUAUAAGAAGACAAUACAGAAAACUUCUGCACAGCAUGACUGGGCGCAGUAGCUCAUGCCUAUAAUCCCAGCAUUUUGGGAGGUCAAGGAAGGCAGAUCAUCUGAGAUCAGGAGUUCAAGACCAGCCUGGCCAACAUAGUGAAAACCCAUCUCUACUAAAAAUACAAAAAAAUUAGCUGGAUAUGGUGGAGGGCACCUGUAAUCCCAGCUACUUGGGAAGCUGAGGUGGGAGAAUCGCUUAAAUCUGGGAGUUGGAAACGGCAGUGAGCCAAGAUGAUGCCGUUGCACUCCAGCCCGGGUAUCAAGAGCAAAACUCCAUCUCACAAAAAAAAACACUCCUGUACAGCAUAGGAAACAAUUAACAAAUGAAAACACAACCUAGGGAAUGGGAGAGAAUAUUUGUAAAUCAUAUUUCUGACAAAAGGUUAAUAUCUAAACUACAUAAAGAAUUUCUACGGCUAAAUAGAAGAAAAACACAAAUAACCUGCCUAAAAAAAAAUGGACCAAGUAACUGAAUUAACAUUUCUCCAAUGAAGACACACAAAUAGUAAACAAGCAUAGGAAAAAUCACUCAAUGUCACUAACUUCAGGGAAAUGCAAAUCAAAAGUUAGAAUGGCUAUUAUCAAAAAGUGAAACAUAACACAUGUUGACAAGGAUAUGGAGAAAAGGAUAAUUCCCUUAUACAUUGUUAAUGGGAAUGUAAAUUGGUAUAGCCAUUAUUAAAAACAUAAGGGUUUCUCUAAAAAAUUAAAAAUAAAACUACCCUGUGACCCAGCAAUCCCAUUGCUGGAUAUAUACCCAAAGGAAAUAAAAUCAUUAUCUUGAAGAGAUAUCUACCUUCUAAUGUUCAUUGCAGCAUUAUUCAGAAUAGCCAAGAUAUGAAAGCCACUUAACUGUUCAUUGAGGAAUGGUUGUAUUAAAAUGUGGCAUACAGUUGACUCUUGAACAACACAGAUUUGAGCAGCAUGGCUCCACUUAUACACCCAUUUUUGUUUUUAAUACAUAUAGUCAGCCCUCCAUAUCAGCAGGUUUCACAUCCACAACCAUAAGUACAUCAAAAAUGUAGUAUUUUCAAGAUGGAAAUCCUGUGUAUAGGUAAGGCCUAUGGAGAGACUUUAGUAUACACAGAUUUCGGUAUUCACAGUAGUUCCUGGAACAAUCUCUUGCAAGUACCAAGGGAGGAUUAUAUAUGGUGUGAGAUGGGGUCCUAAUGUAGUUCUGGAUGUGGAUAUCUAGUGUUACCAACCCCAUUUAUUGAAGAGACUGUUCUUUCCCCAUUGUAUGUUUUAGCCAUUUUUGUCAAAGAGUGGAAUGAUGGUUACUAGAGGAUGGAAAGGGGAAGAUGGAGAUGAAGAGAAAUUGUUUAAUGGGUACAAGCAUACAGUUAAACAGAAGGAAUACACACUGGUGUUUGGUAGUAUACUAGAGUGAUUAUAGUCAACAACAUUGUAUAAUAUAUUUCAAAAUGGCUAGAAGUUUUAAAAUGUUCCCAACAUAAAGAAAUGACAAAUGUUCAAGUUGAUGAACUUAAUACACUGAUGUAGUUGUUGUACAUUGUAUUCAUGUUUCAAAAUACCAUAUGUAUCCCAUAAAUAUGUACACAUAGUAUAUAUGAAUUAAAAUAAAUAAAAAAGUAA